AUGGCCACUGCAAGCACUUCUACAGAACCAUCAACCACAGCAUCAACUAGCACGACAACAGAGUUGACCACCCCAACAAGUGCAGCCACAUCCACUGAGGCUACAACGACCACAGCCACGACUAGCACUUCUACUGAACCCACAACCGCAGCCACAGCCAGCACUACAGCGGAAACAACCUCACAAACAAGUGCAGGCACAUCCACUGAGGCUACAACCACAACAGCCACUACAAGCACUUCUACAGAAUCCCUGACUACAACCAUAGCCAGCAGUACAACUGAAUCAACCUCCCAAACAAGUGUGAGCACAUCCACUGAGGCUACAACAACCAUGGCCACUGCAAGCACUUCUACAGAACCAUCAACCACAGCAUCAACUAGCACUACAACAGAGUUGACCACCCCAACAAGUGCAGCCACAUCCACUGAAGCUACAACGACCACAGCCACGACUAGCACUUCUACUGAACCCACAGCCACAACCACAGCCAGCACUACAACAGAAACAACCUCACAAGCAAGUGAGAGCACAUCCACUGAGGCUACAACCACCACAGCCACUGCAAGCACUUCUACAGAACCAUCAACCACAGCAUCAGCCAGCACUACAACAGAAUCGACCACCCCAACAAGUGCAGCCACAUCCACUGAGGCUACAACGACCACAGCCACGACUAGCACUUCUACUGAACCCACAACCGCAGCCACAGCCAGCACUACAGCGGAAACAACCUCACAAACAACCACCACAGCCAUGACUAGCACUUCUACUGAACCCACAGCCACAACCACAGCCAGCACUACAGUGGAAAUAACCUCAGAAACAAGUGCAGGCACAUCCACUGUGGCUACAGCCACCACAGCCAUGACUAGCACUUCUACUGAACCCACAACCGCAGCCACAGCCAGCACUACAGUGGAAACAACCUCACAAACAAGUGCAGGCACAUCCACUGAAGCUACAACCACCACAGCCAGUACAAGCACUUCUACAGAAUCCCUGACUACAACCAUAGCCAGCACUACAAUGGAAACAACCUCCCAAACAAGUGUGAGCACAUCCACUGAGGCUACAGCCACAACAGCCACCACAAGCAGUUCUAUAGAACCCUCAAGCACAACAGCAGCCAGCACUGCAACAGAAUCAACCACCCAAACAAGUGCAGGCACAUAA